GCGUUUUCUCAAUGGGGUCGCAUCUGUCAAUUUUUCGCGUCUAGUUCAACAACUAGUGUUGUAGUGGUUUAGUAUACAAUGACAAACACACCAAACAUUUAAACCAAAAUAAUAAAAAUCUCAGUGACGAAACUAAAAUCAUUUUAAUACGAAAAAUUACCAAAAGGCAGUGAUAGUGAUUUAAGGCAACAAAUUAUGUGUGUUUACUUGUGAUUCGUUUACAACUUAAGUAUACAGUGCCCAGCUACGAAAUAAUCCAACAACAAAUAGUAUGAGAAAGUUUUAUUUAAACCAUUGAAUUACAUAAUUAGUCUAUAAUACAAAAAAUGUUAAAAUGAAAGUGAGCUGAAAGAAAUUUCCGAAAUUAAACCAAAUUAAAUCACGUAAAAAUAGUCCCCGGAAUUGUGAAUUUAAAAACCAUGAAAUCAUUCGAAUGUGAAUCGUCUUCAGAAGGCGACGAACCCACCAUCCACCCCAUCUCACGGACGAUAGCGCAGCCUCCGCAGUGGCUGCGCGGGAACUCUGCCCCCGGCUGGGGGUGGCAAACUGGCUGCGGCUCCUCAACCGGUGGUCCGAGCUCCUCAUCCGGCGCCUUAGAUCAAACGAAUUUCGCUCCCUUUACCUCAACCGAAGAGGGUCAAAUCCCCGGCAGACGCACCCCUUUAGGAGCCGUGGGAUUAGGCGGCUUCUACUUCCAAGGCUGUCAACCCAACAUCGCUAGCCACGGGCCACCCUCCGACGAGAACACCCCCGACCCGACCGACUCCACCCAACCCAACCGGCCGCAACAUUCCCGAGCGUCCCAAAACGCCAAUCCCUCCAAAGCGAAGAACAGACAGGGAAAAUCCGUCCGAUUGAACAUAAACGCAAGAGAAAGGCGGCGAAUGCACGACUUGAACGACGCUUUGGACGAACUUAGAGCUGUGAUCCCGUACGCACAUUCGCCCUCAGUCAGGAAACUGUCCAAGAUUGCCACACUGCUCCUGGCCAAGAACUACAUUCUAAUGCAAGCCAACGCUCUGGAAGAGAUGAAGAGGCUGAUUGCCUACUUGCAGGGGACUGCAGGAGGAGCGGCUAUUGUGGCGCCGCCAGGGUUCGACCUGCAGGGCUUUCCUGCCGCCGCCAAGUUCCUGCAACAGCAACAGGCCCUCCAAGCCGAAAAUGCCAGGAACAGUGAGGGCAACAACGGAAGCUCGGGCUCCGCUAUGUGAAUGAAAGAUGCUCAAGUUUUAUAAUUUCGGCAAAAACUCCAAAAAUUACUAGAGAAUAGGCGAUAGAUUUUAAAAAUCGUGAAAGUCUAGCUUUUAUUAGUAGAACCUAGUCGUAACUUUUAAGAUUUUUAUUUAACGGUAGACGCGAACAAAGAAACUAAAGCAAUAUUAAAGUAAACGUUGUAGCAAUAAUACUGAUAAAGAUUUUUUAACGUUAACAAUCAUAGCACUCAACUGCUAAAUGUCCAGAAAUUCUAGUCAAUUGUAAUUAGUGAUGAUGUGUAAUGUAAAAUAAACCGAUAGAUACGUUUGUAAAAUGAAAUAGAGAAAUAAAGUUUAUGUCCACAG